AAGUGAUUCCUAAGUAGAUUUGGACGGCUCAUAAUCGGCGGGGUACACUAUCGGGGCCACUGGAUCUUUUGCUCUAAAUUGCUCUAAUUGCCACACUAAUUCUCCAAAAUUCCAAUUCCGUCCCCAUAAGACUCCUCUCGCUUUACGGCUUAUCACUUCAAAACGAUCCGCUUUCUCUGAGAACCGGAGAGCUAGCGUCUCCUUCCCUCCCUUCCUCUCUCUCAAGCUUUUUCCGACAAUCACUUUCUCUGAAUCCAAAAUCUCUUUUUUUCCGUGAAAGCACUUUCUUGUCCGUUGAUUGUCAUCUAAAGAAAACUCUCCUUCCGUGAGCAGAGACUCGUAGAACCGCGGUUUCACAAACUCACGUUGUGAAAGAUGGUUGCCUUCGGGAAAAAGUUGAAGGAAAGACAAAUCCAAGAAUGGCAAGGAUAUUACAUUAACUAUAAGUUAAUGAAGAAAAAAGUAAGACAAUAUGCUCAACAAAUUGAAGUUGGGACACAAGAUCGCCGGCAAGUACUCAAGGAUUUCUCAAGAAUGUUGGAUAAUCAGAUUGAGAAGAUUGUCCUUUUUCUGUUGGAACAACAAGGGCUACUUGCAAGCAGGCUAGCUAAGCUUGAUGAACAGCAUGAUGCCCUUCAGCUGCAGCCCAAUAUAUCCCAAAUAUAUGAAUUACGAGAAGCUUAUAGAGCAGUGGGACAAGAUCUUUUAAAGCUUCUCUUUUUUGUUGAGAUAAAUGCUGUUGGUUUGCGUAAGAUACUGAAGAAGUUUGAUAAACGCUUUGGUUAUGGAUUCACUAAUUAUUAUGUCAAAACACGCGCAAAUCAUCCUUACUCCCAACUGCAGCAAGUGUUCAAGCAUGUGGGCAUAGGGGCUGUCGUGGGAGCCAUAUCACGCAAUCUUCAUGAACUUCAGGACCGUCAAGGAAGCUACUUAUCAAUAUAUGAUCAGCCUGUUCUUCCCCUUCAGGAUCCUGUCAUCGAUUCAAUAAGAGCAGCAGUGGACAGGUUAACCCACUCAACAAAUUUCCUCAACUUUUUGGCGCAACAUGCGCUCAUUAUGCAAGACGAGCUACCUACUCCUUUUGAGGAACAAGUUGUUGAUAAGAAAUACCAUUUUAUGUCUCUUCUCUUGAACUUAGCGAACACAUUUCUUUAUAUGGUCAAUACAUAUAUUGUUGUCCCUACAGCAGAUAACUACUCCAUGAGCCUUGGAGCUGCAGCAACAGUUUGUGGUAUAGUGAUUGGGGCAAUGGCUGUUGCACAGGUCUUUUCUUCAGUGUAUUUUAGUGCGUGGUCAAAUAAAUCAUACUUCAAACCUCUUGUAUUUAGCAGUAUAGUUCUUUUCUUGGGAAACAUCCUGUACGCAUUGGCUUAUGAUGUCAAUUCAAUAGCGGUUCUCCUAAUUGGUCGUCUUUUCUGUGGACUGGGUUCUGCCCGAGCUGUUAACCGGAGGUAUAUUAGUGACUGCGUGCCACAGAAAUUUCGCAUGCAGGCAUCAGCAGGUUUUGUAAGUGCCAGUGCUCUCGGAAUGGCUUGUGGUCCUGCUCUAGGUGGUUUUCUUCAAACUAAUUUCAAGAUCUACAAGCUUACAUUCAAUGAAGACACUUUGCCCGGCUGGGUUAUGGCUGUUGCUUGGCUUAUAUACUUAGUUUGGUUGUGUAUCUCAUUUAAAGAACCUUCUCAUGAGAUUGAGGAGAAUAGUAUACCACAGGAAUCUAAUGCUGAAGCAGUAGAGAAUGAUGCACUUGAGAAAGGACUUGAACAACCAUUGCUUAUUAGUUCAGAAGACAAGCAACAAGAUGAAGAUGGUGAGCAAGAAUGUGAUGAAAGUGAAGAAGCUUCUGAGGAUUCUCACCAAGCAGCUACUUCAAUUCGAGCAGCAUAUAGGCUACUUACACCCUCUGUAAAGGUUCAGUUAUUGAUAUAUUUCAUGCUCAAAUAUGCAAUGGAGAUUUUACUUUCAGAAUCUAGUGUCAUUACCACAUACUACUUUCAGUGGUCUACGAGCACAGUGGCGAUUUUUCUUGCUUGCCUUGGCCUCACUGUUCUUCCAAUAAACAUUGUUGUUGGAAACUACAUUAGCAAUAUGUUUGAAGACAGGCAAAUCUUAAUGGCAUCUGAAAUUAUGGUGUGUAUAGGCAUAAUCCUCAGCUUCAAUCUAUUUAUUCCAUACUCUGUGCCACAGUAUGUCUGUUCAGGACUCAUAUUGUUUGUUUCUGCCGAAGUACUUGAAGGUGUUAACUUGGCACUCCUCUCUCGGGUCAUGUCGUCUCGGCUUUCACGUGGAACCUAUAAUGGUGGACUACUAUCAACAGAGGCUGGGACAAUUGCACGAGUGAUUGCAGAUGGCACAAUAACCUUGGCUGGAUACUUGGGGAACAGUCGACUCUUGAAUGCCACCCUUCUUCCCUCACUCCUCAUAUGCAUAUCCUCCAUUCUUGCCACCUGCUACACCUACAACUCUCUCUAUUGAUUCGUAACUUCUAUUAAUCAGGUAUAUCCAUGCAACGCAGUCCCAGUCCCCCCCAUUAAUAUCCUCAAUUUCUUCAUUAUUUUGUCUCCCAUGUAUCAUUGUUGUAUAUUGUAAGAAAACAAGCUCAUUGAUUUUCUUUUAAUAAAUCAUUAGUCCUCCUUUAUGGAGGUCCCUAAA